CAUCACGCCGACACGUUGCUACGUCAUCUCUCUUUGGUUCCACGUCAACAUGGCGGCAUCCAUGGCUUGUCAGGCUGCAACGAGAGGACUGAGGGCAGCUUCCUUAAAGAACAUCCUUCUUGACAAACUCAAGUGCACCUGGCUGAGUCCCAGGAGAUGGCUGAAUCUGCAAGAGUACCAGAGCAAGAAGCUGAUGCAAGAGAGUGGCGUGGCUGUCCAGCGCUUCUAUGUGGCCGACACCGCUUCAGAGGCCCUGGAGGCUGCAAAGAGACUCGAUGCAAAGGAGAUUGUGCUGAAAGCUCAGAUUCUAGCAGGGGGCAGAGGCAAGGGUGUGUUCAACAGUGGCCUUAAAGGUGGAGUGCACUUAACCAAAGACCCUGCAGUGGUCGGCGAGCUGGCCGGCAAGAUGCUAGGCUUCAACCUGACUACCAAGCAGACGCCUAAAGACGGAGUGAAAGUGAAAACGGUGAUGGUUGCUGAGGCCCUGGACAUUAGCAGGGAGACCUACUUCGCCAUCCUAAUGGACCGCGCCUGUAACGGACCUGUGAUGGUGGGCAGCCCCCAGGGAGGCGUGGACAUCGAGGAGGUGGCCGCCAAGAGCCCAGAACUGAUCUUUAAGGAAGUCAUAGAUAUAUUUCAAGGCGUUCAAGACGACCAGGCUCUUCGCAUGGCAUCUAAUUUGGGUUUCAAAGGACCUCUGCAGAGACAGGCAGCAGAUCAGAUUAAGAGGCUCUAUGAUCUGUUCCUGAAAGUCGACGCCACUCAAGUUGAAGUCAACCCUCUCGGAGAGACUCCCGAAGGACAAGUGGUUUGCUUUGAUGCCAAGAUCAACUUUGACGACAAUGCCGAGUUCCGUCAGAAGGCCGUCUUCGCCAUGGACGACAUGACUGAGAGCGACCCCACGGAGAUGCACGCAGCCAAAUGGGACCUCAAAUAUAUUGGACUGGAUGGAAACAUCGCCUGCUUUGUGAAUGGAGCCGGUUUGGCCAUGGCCACAUGUGACAUCAUCGACUUACAUGGAGGAAAGCCAGCUAACUUCUUAGACCUGGGUGGAGGCGUCAAAGAGAGGCAGGUGUAUGAGGCCUUUAAGCUGCUCACUGCUGACCCAAAGGUCGAAGCUAUCCUGGUGAACAUUUUUGGUGGCAUCGUCAACUGCGCCAUCAUUGCCAACGGCAUCACUAAGGCCUGUCGAGAGCUGGAGCUCAAGGUUCCGCUGGUGGUCAGGCUUGAAGGGACCAACGUCCACGAGGCCAAGCGGAUCCUGACGGAGAGCGGCCUUCCCAUCACCGCAGCCGACGACCUGGACGACGCUGCCAGGAAAGCAGUGGCUGCCAUCAAGAAGUAGAGGCGUCGCCUACAGUCCGACGACAGUGCAUCCGCCCAUGACCCACGUCCACCACAGCCUCAGAGCGUCACCGUCAGCCUUUUCUCACACAUGCAGACCUCCACACGUCAAGCCUUCGCCUCUCAUGGGCUUUUUAUUGUUUCAUACUCAUGCACACUGUCUCACCAACAAUCCUUAUCGCAGGUGUUGAGGUGAUAUGCGCUCUUAUCACCUUUUAUAGAUUCCUCUGCUGCAUUUAAACCUCUUAUUUUUUCUUUCAUAAAACCAUAAUAAUUGAGAUCAGAAUGAUCUAGUAGCUUCAUUAACACUUUGUUCAUUCCAUUUUUGUUUUGUUUUCUUUGCAUAUUGUGGGUUUUAAAGUUACAGAACAACUGACAGUUCAUGGUGUAUGGGUUUAUUUGUCGGCACUCUGUUAAAACAGGAGCAGCAGGUAACGUUGGAACAAUCUUUAUUGUCCAUGUUAGUUCUCAGCCGUAUUUCUGGGCCACAGGCGAUGUGUGAAGCAUCCGUGCAUCAUAUCCUGUGUAAGUGCUUAUUCACUCUAUUGUACACAGUGUGUAACUGUUUAAACCUGUGCCUACUACAUGAAGGCUUAAAGAUCUUUUGUAAGUUGUCUUACAGACUCUUUUGGUCUCUGCAAUGGUUUUAUACAGAGAUGCUGAAGAAGCAAAAUCACGUAAAAUGAUACUUUCCUUAUUGAAAAUCAUGAAUGUAUACAGACAGGAAUAUCUUAAAUACAAUGUGAAAACUGUGUAAAUAAUUUAAGAGAUUAAAAACAAACUUAAGAAUA